UAGUACUAAAAUUCAUUCCAAAAACUGAUGCUGGAUGCCAACACCAUAAACGCCAAAUCCAUCUUUCUUUUCCCAGAUAUUAUUAAUAUCUAAUAAUCUAAAGGCUUUUUAGGGUUCAUUAUCAUCAUCAUAAAAUCUUUGACUUUCACUUUCCAUCACUAAUCAAGAAAACAUGCGCCCCUAUUUAUCCGGUUUUUCUGCUGGUUUCACAAGAUUUCAUUCGGUCAAGUCUAAAUUAAAAUCCCAAUCCCAAUGUGGAGUUUAUCAUGGCCAGCUUCUUGAUAGUUAUCACGUGGAAGGUUCAUGGUCAAAGAUGUAUGCAACUAUGCCCGAAAAGAUGUCAGAGGAUGCAGUAAAAGAUGAUCCUGUUUCUAAUAUGUUGGUUGAUUCAUUUGGAAGACUACACACUUAUCUAAGAAUAUCCUUAACAGAACGCUGUAAUUUACGUUGCCAAUAUUGUAUGCCAGCGGAAGGGGUGGAGUUGACUCCUAAUCCUUUGAUUAUGUCACAAACUGAGAUUAUACGCUUAGCAAAUUUAUUUGUAAGUUCCGGAGUGAAUAAAAUUCGGUUGACUGGUGGAGAGCCUAGCAUAAGAAAGGAUAUUGAAGAAUUAUGUUCACAACUUUCAAAUCUAAAAGGACUAAAAACACUUGCCAUGACUACAAAUGGGCUUGCUCUAGCAAGAAAGCUUCCAAAAUUGAAAGAAUGUGGACUUAAUUUGCUAAAUAUUAGCUUAGACACACUUGUUCCUGCAAAAUUCGAGUUCAUGACAAGGCGCAAAGGUCAUGAAAGGGUAAUGGAGUCAAUUUACAAAGCAGUAGACCUGGGAUAUAACCCUGUUAAGGUAAACUGUGUUGUGAUGCGUGGAUUCAAUGAUGAUGAAAUUUGUGAUUUUGUGGAGUUAACAAAGGAUAAACCGAUAAAUGUACGUUUUAUUGAGUUCAUGCCCUUUGAUGGUAAUGUAUGGAAUGUCAAGAAACUUGUAUCCUAUGCUGAGAUGCUGGACAUAGUGGGUAAACGUUAUGCAGGGGUAAAAAGAAUUCAGGAUCACCCAACAGAGACUGCUAAAAAUUUCACAGUAGAUGGGCAUCAGGGCACAGUUUCUUUCAUCACAUCAAUGACCAAUCACUUUUGCAGUGGUUGCAACAGACUGCGACUUCUUGCUGAUGGAAAUCUUAAAGUAUGCCUGUUCGGGCCGUCCGAGGUUAGCUUGAGGGAUCCUAUUCGAGAUGGUGCUGAUGAUGAUGAACUGCGACAAAUCAUUGGGGCGGCGGUCAAAAGAAAAAAAGCUUCUCAUGCUGGAAUGUUCGACAUUGCCAAGACACCAAAUAGACCAAUGAUACAUAUUGGUGGUUGACUCUUUCUCAUUCCUGUUAUUCGGAUUGUUUCAUAGAUCACAGAGAAACUUAAAUACACAGAUAGUAUAAACAACAUGCAUAAAUGAACCGAGUGUACAAGUGUGUACUGAACGUCGUGCUGGGGUAGACUUAGUACUUCUAGUUUGACUAAAGGUUAUUCCAACGCUCCUGAUUAUUGUGUCUGGGAGUACUCUUAUAUAUAAUUGUAUUGAUAUAACUAACAGAUAUGUGUUUUAUUAAUUUAAGUAUCACUUUGUUGUA